AUGAGUCUCCAGACCCAUCAACAGGCCCUUCAGAUCAGCAAUUUCCGAGGCAGAUGCCCAGCGCCCUAUGCUCCUGCCCCAGCAGUACUGAGCAGAGUCCCGUGGACCCCCAUGGCUCCCCCCGUGGAGCGAACGCCCCUGGCCCACUGCCUCGUCCUGCUGCACAGCCUGCUGCUGCUGUUGCCCAGAGGAGUAUCCUGCCGGGGGGCCACACGGGCCCCGGAGUCCCCCUGUCAUAGAGCUGAACACCCACUCAUCUCUCACACAGAAAUCGAGCCUUGGAUCCACCGAUUCAGAUCUGAGGGCACCGUUGAUUAUUCACAGCUGACCUUUGACCCCGGCCAGAACGAACUAAUCGUGGGCGCAAGAAAUCAUCUCUUCAGGCUACAUUUAGAGGAUCUUUCAUUGAUCCAGGUGGGUGAAAAA